GCACACACACACAGCGACGCUGCCCCCCCCUCCAGUACAGGGCCUUAGGUAUAUAGAUACCCUCUGUCUUUGAAAAAAUAGUACUCUAAAUUCUGUUUCUAACUAGUUUGGCAGCAGAGAAAACGAGGGAAAACCUGAGGGAAAAAGUGAGAAAAUUAUGAGGGGUCUAAUCUGUCUUGCAUAAUCUGCGAAACCUCUCUGGGUUUCACUGUUAACUCUAUUUCUCAUCUGGGUACUCUUUAAAACUCCCAAAACCUCUCUUAAAAACUAAACUUGAUAAAGCAACGAUGAUCAGUAUCGUAGACCUCUACCAUGUCCUUACAGCUGUGGUACCCCUCUAUGUGGCCAUGAUUUUGGCUUAUGGUUCUGUCAAAUGGUGGAAAAUCUUUAGCCCUGAUCAAUGUUCAGGGAUCAACAGAUUUGUUGCUCUGUUUGCAGUACCCUUGCUUUCUUUUCACUUCAUUUCCACCAACAACCCCUAUGCUAUGAACUUGAGGUUCAUUGCUGCAGAUACUCUUCAAAAAAUUAUUGUCUUGGUGGUUUUAGCUAUUUGGUCCAGAGCUAGCUCCAGAGGCUCCCUUGAAUGGUCCAUUACUUUGUUUUCACUCUCUAGUCUCCCAAACACUCUUGUUAUGGGCAUCCCUUUGUUGAAGGGAAUGUAUGGAGAUUCCUCAGGGAGUCUCAUGGUCCAAAUAGUUGUUCUUCAAUGCAUAAUAUGGUACACAUUGAUGCUGUUCUUGUUUGAGUAUAGAGGAGCUAGAAUCUUGAUUGGUGAACAGUUUCCUGACACAGCUGGCUCUAUAAUAUCCUUCAGGGUUGAUUCUGAUAUUCUUUCUUUAGAUGGUAGAGAGCCAUUGCAAACUGAUGCUGAAGUCGGUGAAGAUGGGAAGUUACAUGUUACUGUUCGGAAAUCAACUAGUUCAAGAUCAGAAGUUUUUUCUCACAUGUCGCAUGGUCUAAAUUCUGGUCUUUCAUUGACUCCUAGACCAUCUAAUUUGACCAAUGCAGAGAUAUACUCUCUACAAUCCUCAAGGAAUCCUACCCCAAGAGCAUCGAGUUUUAACCAUACCGAUUUUUAUUCCAUGGUUAAUGGCAAGAAUGCGAGUCCAAGACACUCUAACUUCACUAACUUGCAAUUCGAUGAAGAAAGUGGAGGACUUGGGGUAUUUGGUAAUGUUCCAAGAGCAAAUGGAAGUGCUUAUCCUGCCCCACCAAAUGCUGGACUCUUUUCUCCUGGGGGUAAAAAGAAGGCAAAUGGGGCUGAGAAUGGCAAGGAUUUGCAUAUGUUUGUUUGGAGUUCAAGUGCUUCACCAGUAUCAGAAGGUGGCCUACAUGUCUUUAAGGGAGGAGAUUAUGGCAAUGACCUCGGUGGGGUAGCUAACCAUAAAGAUUAUGAUGAUUUUGGUCGAGAUGAGUUCAGCUUUGGAAACAGACCUGGACCAAAUGGAGUGGAUCGGGAUGGUCCAGUGCUUUCUAAGCUUGGUUCAAGCUCUACAGCCGAGCUACACCCAAAGAGUGCUGCUAAUGAUGAAGCCAAGCCAACUGUCAUGCCUCCUACUAGCGUUAUGACAAGACUCAUUCUCAUUAUGGUGUGGAGAAAACUUAUAAGAAAUCCAAAUACCUAUUCCAGCCUGAUUGGCCUCACCUGGUCUCUUGUUUCAUUCAAGUGGAAUAUAAUGAUGCCCGCGAUCAUUGCUGAUUCAAUAGCUAUUCUAUCUAAUGCUGGUCUUGGGAUGGCCAUGUUUAGUCUUGGUUUGUUCAUGGCAUUGCAGCCCAGGAUUAUCGCCUGUGGAAACUCAAUUGCUUCCUUUGCCAUGGGUGUUAGAUUCCUCACUGGUCCUGCAGUCAUGGCUGCUGCUUCAUUUGCUGUUGGUCUACGAGGAGAUCUGCUGCGCAUUGCCAUAGUGCAGGCAGCUCUUCCACAAGGGAUUGUGCCCUUUGUCUUUGCAAAAGAAUAUAAUGUUCAUCCUGACAUACUGAGCACUGGAGUUAUAUUUGGUAUGCUAAUUGCUCUACCCAUCACACUGGUUUACUACAUUUUGCUGGGACUUUGAAGGUGAGGGCAUCACUGGAGAGCUGAUGAGCAUGGCAUCACAGGAGCUGAUGAGCUACAAUUAGUUAUUACAGUAGUAGUACCGAACACAUCUGGCCAUUGGGAAUUUUCGGGCAUCCUCUAACAGAACAUGAAUCGAAGUUAGAAAGAAACUAGCAAGGAGAAGGCUUUAGGAAGAGUUGUUAGGAAAUGGAACAAAGUGUAAUUCUCUAAUGAAAUAACCAUUGGAGGGCCUAGAAAUCUUCAAGUCAUUUCCCCUUUUUCCCAUCUCUAAAGCCGUGUGCUUUUUUGCCUUUUGUUCUUCUGAUCAAAGAAAGUGAAGCUUGCUUGUAUUUGAGAUGCACCUGUUGAUUAACCUUCUUUAAGUUCAAAAAAAUAAGAUUGCUAUUAAAUUCUGUA